GGCCCCGCCCACACCACGUGAGCGUCGCGUCAGCAGUGCGCGCGCGUCGGAGGAGGACGCGGGUCGGCUUGCUGGGCGCGAUGAGGUUCCGGUUCUGUGGUGAUCUGGACUGUCCUGACUGGGUCCUGGCGGAGAUCAGCACGCUGGCCAAGAUUGUUGAGUGCACGGGGUCUUCUAGGUCCUCCGUGAAGCUGAGGUUGCUGUGUAGCCAGGUGCUGAAGGAGCUUCUGGGACAGGGGAUUGACUACGAGAAGAUCCUGAAGCUCACCGCUGAUGCCAGGUUUGAGUCGGGCGAUGUCAAGGCCACGGUGGCAGUGCUGAGUUUCAUCCUCUCCAGUGCGGCCAAGCAUAGCGUGGAUGGCGAGUCCUUGUCUAGUGAACUGCAGCAGCUGGGGCUCCCCAAAGAGCACGCGGCCAGCCUGUGUCGCUGUUAUGAGGAGAAGCAAAGCCCCCUACAGGAGCAUCUGCGGGCCUGCAGCCUGCGUGUGAACAGGCUGGCAGGUGUGGGCUGGCGGGUGGACUACACCCUGAGCUCCAGCUUGCUUCGGGCUGUGGCAGAGCCCAUGGUGCACCUGAAGCUGGAGGUGGCAGCUGCCUCGGGCGCCGCAGCCCAGCCUGUGGCCAUGUCGCUCUCAGCUGACAAGUUCCAGGUCCUCCUUGCAGAACUGAAGCAGGCUCAGACCCUGAUGACCUCCCUGGGCUGAGGAGAAGGGUGUUUGGGGCCCGUGUUGCGUCGCUGCCCUCCAAACUCCUCUUCGUGGGUGGCCGCAACUCCAGGACCCUGGAGGCCUGGCCUCCCAGAUCUCUGACUUGCUAGGUUCCCACAUGAGAAUUCAGCAUAAGGAUUCUGAGGACUUCUCGAGCAUUGCCUUCCCCGCCCCGAGAAGGGCACUUGUCAGCAGUUCUGACGAGCUGGAAGAAUAAACUGAAGUGUAAAGGA